UUUGGCUCGCUUGUGCUAGAGGCUCCAAGAAAUCGGCCGGCGGCUUUUGGAUGUAGAGUGGCCAGAGCCUUUGUGCCAGCAUGGCUGCGAAAUCGAUUCUUUUGCUCGCCGUUCAGUUGCCGUCCGUAUUUGCAUCAGGGCUGCCGAAUCUUCCGUCUGAGGGGAAUCUUACGGAGCAGCAUCCAUGGUGCUCUGUAUCAGUAUCCCGACGAGUCCGUAGCCAUGUGGAUGAAGCAAUCCAGGCCCACCACAUCCUGCAGAAGCUUCCAGAAAAGUGUCCGCUCCAUCCGCAGAGAGACCUCUUAGCAGACAAUGGCAAUGGAUCAGAACCUGGGCAAUCGGUUUGCAUGGCUGACUACUGCGAGAUUUUUGGAGCCUGCGAGGCCGACCAGGCGCCGUGCGAGGCACAGCGGAUGGCGGAGCAGAAGAAACGCUGCGAAAAGCUGCUUCUGCAGUGCUUCCCCCCCGGGUCUCAGGAUGUCGCCACACGGCGAUUGCAUUCACACUACUCAAGGAAGUGGUGCCGAGAGCUGGACUGUGAGCUCCGGACACAUAGAGAAGAGGAGGACUUGAGAUCCUUAACGGCGAUCUCCCCAUUGUUGGGCUUCAUCGUCGUGUUGUGCAUGGCAGCGUUCGCUGCGAUGAUUCUUCUCAUCGGAGGGGGAGACGACGUCCUCUUCCUCAUGUACGAGUGCGGGUUGGUGCCACAACGUUUGAUGCGAAGUUGGGUGCAAACUCGUGAUGGCCUGCGAAAAUACGCAGGACUUCCAAUCUCCCACGUCUCCUAGUGUGCCAACAAAGUGCCACAGAGCUGAAUAGGCGAUCCUUCAGGUCCACAGAGACUUGGAAGGCAUAAAUUCAUUACUUCGUUUCCGAAGUGCGUCCAUCUGGAACGCACGCUGCAGGAACGGUGAAGAUUUCAGAGCGGCUCAUGC